AUGGCAGGAGGACUAGAUCAGCUAGUGGCGCUCUGGAGAGAGUGGGGGAUCCAAGUGCUGGUGCUGCUGAGUUUAGCACUCCAGGUAACUCUCCUCAUCACGGCGGAGAUCCGCCGUCGGAAAGACUCCGGCGUGCUAAGGGUCGUCGUGUGGUCGGCAUAUCUACUGGCUGACACAACGGCCAUAUACACUCUGGGCCAUAUGUCGGUGACCAGCAGGUCGCCGGAGCACCAGUUAGUGGCGUUCUGGGCUCCGUUCCUGCUAUUGCACCUUGGUGGCCAGGACAACAUCACCGCCUACUCCAUCGAGGACAACCAUCUGUGGCUGCGCCACCUGCAGAGUUUCGUUGUGCAGGUCCUCGCGGCCGCCUAUGUCCUCUACGAGUCAUCCAUCUUCGUAGGCGGCCGCCGGACCAUGCUCGGCCAGGCCACCAUCCUCAUGUUCGUGGUUGGUGUUGUCAAGUACGGGGAGAGAGUAUGGGCACUCAUGUCUGCCAGCAGUAGUGCCCUGUCUGGGAAGAACUACAACAGUUUUGGCAGGUUGCAUUUUUGA